AUGUCCUCCAAACCAUCUUCCCCCUCCCCCAAACUCCUCUUAUCCCUAGCUCCUCAUCACCAAUACCCCAUCUCCAGAAACACCUCCAUUCAACCCACCAAACCAGAAACCCCCAAAAACAACCCCAACCCCAACCCCCAAACCCCCAACGCAGAAUCCACAACCCCCUCUCCAUUCCUCUUCCACGCCCUCCGCAAAAAAGCAAAGAAAGAUCUGAAAGCAGCGAGAGAAGAAGAGAGAAAAAAGGAGAGAGAAAUAGAAGAGGGGAAGAGAUUAUUUGGAGGGAUGGUAGCGGAGGUGAUGAGGGUGCGGAGUGAAUUAAAGAUCGAACAUCCCGACGUAGCAGACUCGGUUUUGGAGCAGGAGGCUUGGAAAUUGGUUUUUUACUAG